AUGGCGUGUGCCAUACGGACCUCUGCACGGCCUCUCAUAUUCUUGAUUUCUUCUGUUCAUCGUGUAAUAUCAUCUGACUCAGAGCGCACAUUUAAAUCACACUUGGGUGGUCGCAAGCAUCGCGCCGCUACCAAAACGCCGACGCUUAGCAAUUGCCUGCACUCUCAAGGAAGCGCCCAUCAACGUCGUCUCUCCCAACUCGAUGUUACUCCCGACCCUUGGUAUACGGUAACAGAAGCAGAAGCUCCGAUCAACUCGAUUAGAUGUGAUACUUGCAAUCAGAAUAUUCCACGAACAUGGGCCUCACACAUCUCUAAAGACAGCCACAUCGGCGCUCAAGAGUGGCUAACUUUCAAUUUCGGAACCAUCGAUCCCAACAACGCACAAGAGAUCAAGAAGGUUGUUACUCUUCGGCUAAACACUCCCAGCAGACAUAACCUGAAACUCAACCAGGCUAGCAUCCUCAGCAGGACGCUCUUCCCGGGUUUCUCCUCGUUUCAUGUCACUGAAAUGGAUCCUAUUGCUUUGCCACUAAAGCGACUCGUUUCUUUACCUCUUUACUUCCGAUCCCUAGGACAUCGGGGUUACUUUGCUGAUCGACUGGAGCUCACUUUCCAUGACAAAUCCCUCCGCAAAUCCUUCACUAUUACACGUCCACUUCGAGCAACAGUUGGAAAUGUUACAGAUCUUGAACAACUCCGUCCAUCGGCUCCAUAUGUACGGCCUCCGCCAAAACCUCGAAGGGAUCGAGAGAGAAGUUGGGUCGAUGGGAUUAAGCCUUCGAGUCAACGUAUCGAAUGGGUUGUGGAACUGCCCAAGGCCAUCAUGCCUUUUCAAUUGCGAUCAAUUUGGAAAAGUCGUACUGGAGUAGACGCCAAGCUGACCAGAGUCAAACAGUUGCCUGGAAUGCACGGGGAUUUGAUAGGCGCAGGCCCGCCAUCAUACGUCGCUUCUGGGAGACUUUGCUCCGAUUGGGAUGACGCAGGUGAGGUAUAG